AUGGACGGUGCGCCAGUGCCUCUGGACGGAAGUGAGGCGUUUGUGACCUACGGUCGUGGUCUCCUGAAGGUCUUCAAUGCCGCGAAGAACUUCGGCUUCAUCUCCCCAGUCUUCAAAGGUGCAGCGGAUGUCGAAGGCCCGCCUCUUCCGCGAUCGGUAGACGAGGGCAUCUGGUUCUUUGGGAACCAUUCUCUCCCCUACCGUGCCAUCCCGGGUGUUGAGCUGACUUUCGAGAUUUGGGAGAACGCCUCUGGAAAAGCACAAGCCAGGAGCGUCUCCAUCGCCGCAGAGCCGAGUGCCGUCGUGCCGGUGGAGCAGAAGCAGGAGAUCCAACAUCAGCAUCAUCAUCCGAUGCCGGAGAAGGGCGGUGGCAAAGGGAAGGGCUCUCAGCUACAUCCGAACGAGCCGCGAGUGAUCUACCCUUCUGUCUAUGUCUCCGACGUCCCCGUGGAGUGGAACGAGGCGGCCAUCCGAAAGCUUCAUCGUCAGCUGGGCUUAAACCCGGAUACCAUCAUGGGCCU